AGUUAAUUCCAAAUAUUUCAUACCAAAAAUGAGCGACAAAACCGCAAAAGAUAUUCUCCAAAAUCUUGGUCGUAGUAUCAAUUUAUUAUCCGAUCCGUCUCGAUUCAAUCGUAAGAAAGCGUUUGAAGAAAUUCGUAAGGAGACUGUUGAUAGAAAGGAAAGCUUAGAUUCGACUGUCUUUGACAAUGUUAUGAGCGAUAUAAUAAGGCACGUGCUAAAGUUGUUCUCUGACAGUGUUGAAAACUUAAGAGAAAAUGCAAUCAGCUUUACGGCAAGAACAGUUGAAAGAGUCUCAAAACCUGAAGAAUUUAUGCACUUGGUUAUUCCAGUUUUACUGCAAAGAUUAGGUCAGCAGGAAAUUGUAGAGCCAUCGGAAGAGUUACGCCUACACUUAGUUAAAUUAAUUGGAAAGUUACUGAAUAUCACUCUAACGAACUUAGAGAUCUAUGUUCAAGAUUUGAUAAAAAUUUUAAGUAGAACCGUCCUUGAUAAAUUUCAUGAAGUAAAAAAGGAAAGCUGCAAAUGCUGCUCAAAGUUGGCUACUCUCUCAAAAGAGAGAUUUUUUCAUGAAGCUGAAAAUCUAGUUGGUCCACUGAUGCAAUGUUUAGGUCAUCAACAUUCAAAAGUUCGACUAGAGGCCAUUAAAGCUAUUGGACAAGUAUUACUAAACAGUUCUAAUAAGCCUGUUGAUAGAGUUAUUCCAAAUUUUGCUCAAAGACUAUUCGAUCCUACUCCUGUAGUAAGAUUGGAAAUAACAAAAUUAAUUCCACUAUUGUUAACAAGUAUAGCAGAUGAAAUGCCUGAUAUUCAGGAAACAGCAGAUGGGCUUUGGCAUGAUGUAGGUUUAAAAUAUGCUAAUGAAAAUGAAGAAGAGCUGAAAGAUUCUUUGAAUUUCGAAGUUGAAAAUCUUGAGCAUUAUCCGGAAGGAUUAAGCAGACCAAAUAUAGGAUGCAGAAGAUUAGUCUAUUUACACUUUAGUAAGAUUGCUCCUGGUCUUGCCGGGGACCUUGGCGAUUGGAAGACGGAAACUAAAAUUAAAGCCUCACAAUUAUUAUAUAUCCUACUAAUUAAUGAAGAAAUGAAUAUUACGCAACACAUAGACAAAAUUCUCCCGUCCUUGUACAGAGCGAUUACUGAUGAAGACGAAAAAGUUCGAAAUUAUACUGAAAAGAGUGCUACUCUUUUGGGUUACUUUGCUAAAGCGGAAGUCUGGAGUAAGCUCGCUUUAAACCAAUUGCAAUUGACCUCCGGUAAUAAAAGCUCGUUGCUGAUCCUAUCAUCGAUCUCUAAAGGUUGUAGUUGUCAAGUCCUUUCAUCAUUGCUUCCUCGUAUUUUCCAAAAAUUGUGCCUACCGGAAGUCUGCCAAAGUAACGACGAAGACACACAAAAAGCCUUAUUGUCCGUCCUUAACUCAUUAAUUGAAGUUUGUCAAAAGUCGAUAACUGAUGUAGAAUUCGAUAUGUUUUUCGUUCUUAUAACCGUAUCCGCCCUUAGUCAAUCAAAUAAGAUAAAAAGUGAAACUUUCCGUUUGAUUGAUAUGGUAUCUAAAGCUGUCGGUUUGAAUGAGCGAGAAAGUUUUAUAUCGAAGCAUGCGAGAAAGCUAUUGGAAGCUUUACUACCAUCCUCCUCGAGCUGGGCUAAAUACUCUGCCGAUAGGUUUAUAGUUGAUACCCUAUUAAUAGAAUGUGGUGCUGCGACCCUAGACGAGGUCAGCGGUUCUCUUUUGCCAAUUUUGAAGAAUGCUUUACGGGAUGAAAGAGAUCCAGAAAUUAGGGCUAGAUUUUUAACACUAAUUGGAAGAUCUAUGCUGGCGGCAGAGUGUGGAAAGGGCUUAUCAAAUUGCGCUGACGAACUUCUUUCUGACAGCAUCCUACCUUGUUUUGUUUGGCAAGCAGGAAGAGUUGCGGCGUCUGUAAGGACGGCAGCUGUGUCUUGUGUGUGGGCAAUGGUCGAUAAAAAUCACGUUCGGAAAAUCGGCAAACUAUUUACACCAUUAAUGAGCUUAAUAGAAGACGAUUUAAAGGAGACUCGAUUAAUUGCCCUAAGAGUUUUAAAUUGUAUUUUUAAUUCGAAAAAAGAGGACACAGAAGAUCUUGAUGAGAAGAUAGUCCAUGACUCUUAUCACAACAUUAUUAAGCGUCUCGAUGAUGUAUCAGAUGAAAUUAGAAUACUGACGGGAGUAACAAUCGAAUCUUAUUUUAAAUAUUUUGAAAAUCGCGAAGGUUACGAAGUCCAGCUGUUUUCGGCCCAUCUGGAAGAUAUUUACAAAACUCUAUUAGUCCACUUAGACGAUCAGAAUCGACAAGUGCAAGAUGCUGUUGCUGAAGCUCUCAAAGUGAGCGGCGCUCUUAAACCUACCAUGUUGCUUGAGCUAAUCUCCGAGGUAAGGUUUAAACAUAGGUCGAUGCAAUAUCUUGACGAAGUGGCUGAAAGUGUAAGGAGAAUGGAUAUGGAUGACAGAGAGGAUAAGAAAUUUGAGGAGAGCUCUUACCAGACGAAAUCUACUGACUCUUCCUAA